UUGUAAAUGAUAAACUGCUGACUUGUCACGCUCAGUUUCAUUCUGUUUCCACUUUUGAUCUGGGUUGUCGUCGUGUCAUUCCAGCUGAUCCCUCACUUCAGACCGGUCAUCCCUCACAUCGGAGAGUGCAACAUGUCAGAAAUCGGUGAAAUCGAUGAAGGGUUCUACUCCAGACAGCUGUAUGUUCUGGGUCACGAGGCGAUGAAACGGAUGGGCACCACCAACGUCCUCAUUGCAGGCAUGCGUGGUCUUGGGGUAGAAAUAGCCAAAAAUGUGAUCCUGUCCGGAGUGAAGUCUGUCACCGUCCAGGAUGAAGGCCGGGCGGAGUGGAGCGACCUGUCCUCUCAGUUUUUCCUGAAGGAGUCCCAUCUUGGUCAGAAUCGAGCCACAUGUUCCCUACAACAGCUGUCUGCUUUAAACCCACAUGUGAGUGUGUCGGCCCACACUGGACCCCUGAAUGAGGACCUGCUUCUGCAGUUUCAGGUGGUGCUCCUCACUGACUCCUCACUGGAUGAUCAGAAGCGAUUUGAUGAGCUCUGCCAUUCGCGUGGGAUCAAGUUCAUUGUAGCAGACACCAAAGGUCUCUGUGGUCAGCUGUUCUGUGACUUUGGGGAGGAGUUUGAGUUUGAGGAUGGGGAGAAGCCGGCAUCAGCGAUGAUACAAAGUGUCUCUCAGGCGAAUCCUGGAGUGGUGAUCUGCACAGACGACCAGCAGCAUAAAUUUUUGGAUGGUUCUAAAGUUUUCUUCUCUGAAGUCCAAGGCAUGACAGAGCUCAACACCAUCGGCCCUGUGGAGAUCAAAGACCGUGGCAAAUACUCCUUCAGCAUUGGUGAUACUUCAGCAUUUUCUAAAUAUGAACGGGGUGGAGUAGUGACUGAGGUUAAACAGUCCUGGAAACUAAAAUUUAAACCACUGGGUAAAGCUCUAUUGGACCAUCAGCUGCUGAAAAUGAAUGACUAUGGAAAAGAACAGAGGCACCACACCCUACACUUGGCCUUCCAAGCCCUCCACGGCUUUGUCAAGAAAGAACAGCGACUCCCUCGUCCUCGGUCUCAGUCAGAUGCAGAUGCCCUGCUUGCCAUAGUGGGAGAGCUGAAUACAGUCGCACAGCUGGAACAGCUGGACGAAGCUGCUGUGAGAACCCUGUCCUACACAGCCCAGGGUAACUUGGCUCCUAUCAAUGCUUUCAUUGGAGGUCUUGCAGCUCAAGAAGUUAUUAAGGCAUGUAGUGGGAAAUUUACGCCUCUUCAGCAGUGGCUAUAUUUUGAUGCACUGGAGUGCCUCCCUGAAGAGGAGGACCAACUGACAGAGUGCUCCCUUUCAGCAAAAGGCACGAGAUACGAUGGACAGACUGCCGUAUUUGGGCCAGCGUUUCAGGAGAAGCUUGAGAGGCUGAAGUAUUUCUUGGUUGGAGCUGGUGCCAUCGGAUGUGAGCUUUUGAAGAACUUUGCCCUCAUGGGGCUCGGUGCCGGAGAAGAAGGCCACAUCACUGUAACAGACAUGGACUUCAUAGAAAGAUCCAACUUGAACCGACAGUUCCUGUUCAGGUCUCAGGAUAUUGGGAAACCAAAAUCGGACAUUGCAGCCAAAGCAGUGCGCGAGAUGAACCCACAGAUGAACAUCUCCGCUCACGGGAAUUGUCUGGACCCUGACAGUGAAGGAGUGUAUGAUUACGACUUCUUCAAGGGUCUUGAUGGAGUGGCUGCAGCCCUUGAUAAUGUGAAAGCCAGGGUCUAUCUUGAUGGACGCUGCGUUCAACACCAGAAACCAUUGCUGGAGGGAGGAACUUUAGGAUGUCAGGGUCAUAGUCUGGUGGUGGUUCCUCACUUGACAACGUCUUAUGGCCCGGACACAUCAAAGCCUAAUGAUGCCUUCCCACUGUGCACUCUCAAGAACUUCCCUCACCGCAUUGAGCACACCCUGCAGUGGGGCAGAGACCAGUUUGAAGGACUGUUCAAACAAACACCUGAAAAUGUGAAUCUCUUCCUGAGAGAUGAAAGGUUUGUGGAGCGGACUCUUGACCAUGGAGAUGCUGAGGCCCUUGAGAUUCUCGGGGGUCUGUGGAGCAGCCUUGAGGACAUGGAAGGUGGAGGACAACGUCCAAAGAGCUGGGAAGACUGUGUGAGCUGGGCACGAUGCAAGUGGGAGACUCUCUAUAACAACGAUAUCCGCCAGCUUCUGCACUGUUUCCCUCCUGGAGAGGUGACUGCUACUGGUCUACCCUUCUGGGCUGGAGCCAAGAGAUGCCCUCACCCGCUGACCUUUGACCCCAACAGUACUACCCAUAUGGAGUAUGUUGUGGCAGCAGCUAAUCUGUACGGGCAGAUCUUCGGAAUCAGUGGAACACGAGACUGUGCUUCUAUCAGAGAAACCUUAGAACAAGUCCACGUACCAUCUUUCACUCCUAAGUCCUCCGUGAAGAUUCAUCUCACGGACAAGGAGAUGAAGGAGGAGAAACAAGAGGACAGAGACGACGCCGAGAAAGCCCGACUUGAGGAUUUGAAAGGGAAGUUGGCUUCAUCAUCUCUGAAAAGCUCAAGCAUGCAGAUGUAUCCCACCGACUUUGAGAAGGAUGACGACAGUAACUUCCACAUGGACUACAUUGUUGCUGCUUCUAACCUGAGAGCGGAGAACUAUGACAUUCCUACAGCUAAUCGGCACAAGAGUAAGGGCAUAGCCGGGAGGAUCAUCCCGGCCAUAGCUACCACCACAGCCGCAGUGGCAGGCCUGAUGUGUCUGGAGCUGUAUAAACUGGUGCAGGGUCACCGGAACAUCAAGCAUUACCGCUCAGCUUAUAUGUACCUGCCUGUCACUUACAUUCUGUUUUCCCUACCGACCCAGGCCAAGAACUUUGAGGUCGCAGGAAAGAAAUACACCCUGUGGGAUGACUUCCUUGUUGAGGGCCGACGCCGCGGUGAGCAGGAAAUGACCUUGGGAGAACUGGUCCAGCACAUCAAGGAUAAAUACAGAUUGACCAUCUCUGGUCUCUACUAUGGAAAUGCUAUCCUAUACAGGGGGCAAGAAGAGAGGCUCAAGCAGAGGCUUUCUGACGUGGUGGGGAUGGUGACCAAGACAGAAAUUCCUCUACACAAGAAGAUGCUGGAGUUGAUGCCCUCGUUUGCUGAAGAUGAGGACUGUGAGAUAGUCCCAGCGAUUAGAUACCUGCUCUUGUGAUGCCCCCAAUACAGAGUUUCCACAGAGUUUCCAUUGAAAGGGCAUCACAUGGAACAGUUUCAAUGUGACAAAGCAAACUUAACACUCCUGUGAAAUCAUAUCAGUUAAAAACAUCCUCAUGUUGUUGCUUUAGCUGUUGUUUACAAAGAUUAAUAUCUGAAUGAUUUGUUCCAGCUAUCUAUCUAUUUCUUCCGCAAAUGUUUUUGAAUUAUUGCACUGGCAUACUGUGAUCAUUUGUUUAUUAUUUAUCAUCAUGUAAAGUGAACAAUCACAAUGCACAAAGAUUAUUAUCCGAUUUCUCUCUUUUUUUUUUUUACUUAACAGCAAAAGCAUAAACUUUGCAAACUCUUAUUUCCUUACUGUUUUUACCAAAAGAACUUCCAUUUGCCAACUUUUGGUUCUCAUUUACAAGUAAAAUGUAUCUUUUUCGAGAUGUCAGACUUAGAGGUUGCGAAGAUGCCGGCCAAAGCACAUUGAUUAGAUGAUCUGGAGCUGUUGGGGCAGCACAGGCUUGGUUUCAAGGUUUAAUUCAGGGCAGGCUAAGCGCAAUGUUGAAGGGGAGCAUUCAGAACGGGCCGUUGGCACAGUAGGUACAGUGCUUUGACGGUUCGGUGGUGCUCUAGCCAUCUGGACACAGCUGUGUUGUUUAAAUCAAACUCCAAACAUACACGCAUCCCCCCACCUCCCAGAAGAAUCCCAGAGCAGAAGCUGGUCUCAUCUGCUUUUCCAGUUGGCUGUUUUUUACAUUAAUACUACAACUACUUAUAAGGGUGAUUCAUUCACUGUGUACUUGGGUCUGUUUUUAAGGAUGCUGUUUGUGAUUCAUGAAAUAAUUCAAUAAAUAUGUGUCUAU